AUGCUCGCCAAUGGCACCGCCGCAGGAGGUCAACUCACCACUACCACGGAUGUGGAAAACUACCCGGGCUUCCCCAAGGGCAUUAGUGGCCCAGAACUCAUGGAUCAGAUGCGCGCCCAGUCCGAACGGUUCGGCACUCAGAUCAUUACCGAGACCGUAUCUAAACUGGACCUGAGGGAGAGGCCGUUCAGGUUGUGGCGGGAAGAUGAGGACGGGGAGGAAGAUCAACCAGCGCAUACAGCGGAUGCGGUGAUUGUAGCUACGGGAGCGAAUGCACGACGGUUAGGCCUACCCGGCGAGGAGACAUAUUGGCAGAAUGGGAUUUCAGCUUGUGCCGUCUGUGACGGAGCGGUACCAAUAUUCCGGAAUAAACCACUUGUCGUCAUCGGCGGAGGGGACUCGGCAGCCGAGGAAGCAAUGUUCCUCACGAAAUACGGAAGCAAGGUCAUCGUGCUGGUAAGAAGAGAUGUGCUGAGAGCAAGCAAGACAAUGGCAAAGAGAUUACUAGCCAAUCCGAAAGUGGAGGUCCGGUUUAACAGCGUAGCAGUGGAAGUACACGGCGAGCAGAAACCAAGGGGUCUCAUGACUCACCUCCGCGUCAAAGACGUUAAAACGGGCCAAGAAGACACCCUCGACGCCAACGGUCUCUUCUACGCCGUUGGCCAUGAGCCGGCCACCCAGCUUGUCAAGGGCCAGCUCGACAUCGAUGAGGAUGGCUACGUGGUGACGAAGCCGGGGACGAGUUAUACCAGUAUACCCGGCGUGUUUGCGGCGGGGGACGUGCAGGACAAGAGGUAUAGACAGGCUAUCACAAGUGCAGGGUCGGGUUGUAUUGCGGCGUUGGAGGCGGAGAAGUACUUGGCCGAGUUGGAAGAUGAUGAUGGUGCGACAGGAAUUGAGAAAGAGAAGGAGGCUAAGAAGGGGGAUGUGGAAGUCAAUGGGGCGGAGAAUGUGCCGGAGUAUAGGAGUGCGCCCUCAUUGCAACUUGAAUCUCAGCUCACCCAAGGCUUAUGUUACAUUUCCUUCGAUCCUUCCAUGCGGAUGCUCAACCCCAUGAAGAACACCACGACUGAUAACGACGACAAGAAAUUCUCACCUUCUCCCUUCCACUCGACUAAUUUAGUCAAAAAAAAAACCAAGGAAAGAAAGCAAUGCCUAGACUCCACAGAGGUCGUCGACGCGCCAGAUCUCCAACGAGACGGUUUGGUCGCAUCGAUCAGCCUUUCUUUCUUCGACGUUGUUUCGUGGUGCCGGAAGAAUUGCCCUGAGAAACUGGCUGGACAUCUGGGAGAUGGGAUUACUCUUGCAGAGGUGACGAAGCCGGCACGUACGAGUGAGACUGGUAGGAGGUUCUGGGGCCGCGAUGACAAGUGUCAGGUUAGGAGGGGAAGGGUGCGGGCUUUGAGGCGGCCUUGCCGUAGAGAUGAGAUUCUUAUUGGGCUUCGGACCCUGCUGGCUGGGAUGGCGGGGGUGGACGAUCUGAAGGGGAGGGAGAGGAAGAGGGUAAAUGCAAUGGGUCUGCAGGUCAAAAAAGGCCAUUCCAAUGAAAAGCCUGAGGAAGUUGCUGCCGCUGAUGAAAUUGAGAUUGCACAAGGAAUACAACGGCUUCAGUUGGGUCAAGUGAUGUCCUGGGCAUGA